AUGGAGGAUGAGCUGAGGAAAACUGUAGGGGGGCACAUGCGACGAGUGAGAGGAGGAGAGGAGGAGAGCAGAGAAGCUUCCGAGCGAGAGUUCAAGGCUGCCUGCUCCACCCUCAAGAGGUUCGUCAAGGAUGGCCCUUCCACUGCUGGCCCCUUGGCGUUCGGGGUCCUCCUUCGCCACCUUCGGUGCUCCAACUGCAAGGAGCGUUACUACGCCUUCAAGUUGACAGACUUUGUGUUCUGCAGGUCAGCGUCUUUUCGAAACUGUGUAGUAGAGAAUCUAGAUGAAAUUUUAUUGCUGGGAACCGGGCUGAAGUCAGAUAAGCCUCUCCCCCCUCCAGUUCGAUACGCUAAGCUGUUACGGGAUGAAUUUAGAUCUAUGCUCAAGUCCUGGGCUACUGAGCAUGGCGCCAAAUAUAAGAGUCUGAACCUGGGCUUGAGUUAUGUGACAAGAUCGACAGGUUCUGAGCCAUCUAGAAACAAUCACAUCAAUGAGCAGGUGAUAUCUCGAUUGGAUGAAGUUCAAAGAAGAGAGCUCUCAAAAGCUGCAAGGAAGACACUGCAAAUCAGCUCUAAGCACACUGGGUCAAUGCGCACUUACGUCCUCUCGUUUCGAAGGCGCCUCGAAGACUCUCUGGACUUUCCAGUAUUCUCGAUGCUAGAGGAGAACGCCGCAGAGCAGCAAGCAGAACGUGAGAGCGAGGAAAAGGCUUGCAACCCUGAACAACCGAUGAGCUUCGACGAUCUCGUUGAUGACGAUAGUGACAAUGAGCAUUCUGAGGAGGAGAACGUCGAGCAGUUUGCGAGAGAUUUCGGGCUGCCAGCAGCAAACUAUUCCAUCAACGUUUCUGUUGGUGGAAGCUCGGAAGUAAUGAAGAAGAGAAUGACGGACACUGAUCGAACUCGAUUCCAGAAUGAGCUCAGAUCCAUCGGCAAACAUCUGAAUCAAUUGUCUGAGUGGGAGCAGCGAAUAAAUGAAGCAGUCACAAGGAGAACGUUAUCCGAUGAUCAGCUGCAUGCGUAUCAGGACAUACAGAAGCUAAAGGAUCUCUGUCAAGAAACCUUGACCAGGUGUCAGCAAGUGGGUUUGCAUCACGAGGCUUUCGAACAGAAUCUAUCAGAUUCAGAAUGCGAGAUGGAGGAAGUGAACAUUUUUCCUGCCUCGCAUGUCUCACCGGGAACUCAAGAGCCGUCGGAUGUGGCAGGUGAGGUGCACAAGCUUCAACAGACAAUCGUUGGUCAUCAGGAGAAGAGACGGAAAACAGGGGCAGGAGUUGUGGGCAAGACCCGAUAG